CGCACCCUGCGCGCCCAGCAGCAGUGAAUUCUCGUCGCCAGACACAGCGGCCAAACGCAAGGCGCCCAGUGACCGCACGUGGCGACUCAAAAACUACUACCUUUUACUCGAACGGCAACGAAGCAGACUCAGCAAUCUUUGCGGAGAAGAGACUGUGCAGGAUGAGAACACUCGGAUUGAAAAUGGAUCAGUUGGCAUCGCUCGACAGAAAUCAAUCAGCACGAUUAAACUGGCCGAACCGAUUCCUGCAGCAAUCGACUCGGAAACAGCUUUCGGCACUUUGGUCAAAGCCGGGGGCCUCUUGGCCAACGAAAGGGUCGACGUGACCUUCCGACAUGAGGAGGAGCAACGCCAAGUUUUCGCCCUCGCCUACGACGCCUUUCGCUACCGCAGCGUGUUUAAUCAGGCACUACAAGACACCAACUUUUUUACGAUUUUCCCUCAGGCAAGUGCAGACGUAACUUUAAUAAUUUUGCUCGCACACUUUGCGCCUGAUUUUUCGAGACCUGUAAAAUUUAUCGUUUUGAAAAGUCAAGCCGAAUUUUCAGUACUUUUCAUUGUUAUGCAAAAAAUAAUAAAAAAAAAUCGCGCACCGCACAAACAGCUGGGCCGACUAGUCACGCACGGCUCCAGAGAAGUUUCCGCACGGCAUUGCUUUUAAAUAUUGCUCGCUGACUUUCACAUGCAAAGGAGUUAUGGAGGUCAGAGAGGCUUGAACGCGAUCAAUCUCACGAUAUUGGCAGAGCGCUAAAUGGCUGCUCGAUUGCUCACUUUAAUUUAAUUAUUACUUGACCACCUCACUCGGCAUCACUGAAAGACUCUAAUUGCCCGCACGAUAAGUUUAACGAGACCUCCAAGCAGCUCGAUUAGGGCUCGCCGCCAAUAUCUCUGUCUGUUAUCAACAGCUGCGUGAUGAGUGCAUGCUGGUGCACCUGCUGCUGUGUCGGCUGUACCAACGGCGCUUCCAUUGCCGCGAGCCACCCUGUCCGUCCGAGUUGCGCGACCUUUGGCAGAAAGCGCGGAUGGCCGAGGUGGAGGAGGCGCUGUGGAGUGUCAGGGUGCGCUUGGCAGCCGCCCUGGCGCGUCUCCGCAUCAAGAGUCACGCGCUUACCCUCGAGCAGUUACUACCCCAGACCCUGCAGAACCGCAAGGAAUGUCGCGACGAGUGCCUUGUGCCCACCACCCUGUGGAUCAACACUUGCAAAAUCAGACGAGACGAUGCUCUGUCGGUUUUGGAAGAAUCUGGUUUUGUGAUUGACGGACCCGACGAAAAAGUGACCACCAUCCGUCAGGACAAGCGGUGUCCGGGUCUGUUGCACCACCAUCCCUCGCUGAGAAUCAACAUCGCACAAUCAGAACUGGUGCAAGAGGGACUUUUUGUUUUGCAGGCAAGGGCGUUCUGCGUGGGACCAGCGACCUUUUGCUACGUCUUGGACGACUUUGCCUUGACAGGAACUGUGAUCCAGAGCCACGCUCACUCGCCUAGGACUUCCGCCUACUUGGCCACACUGCUCGCCUCCUGUACUGCGAACAGGCCACUCAUUGUUUUUGGAACCGGUGCCAAAAAAACUGAGUAUGAAAAGUAUUUACGCAGCCUCAGUAUUUCAAACGUGUAUGUUCGCGCUGAAAAAUUCUCCGAACUGUCGCCGGACAGUGACAUUUUGGACGGCGCGGUCGCUCUUCUGGCCAACCCACCAAACUCUUUGUCUGCAGUACAAGACCCUGUCGAUUUGGCGUGCAGCAGUGGAGGAAAUUUGCACCUUCUCGAAGAGAUGGCCGUGGCUGCGGAAGAAACUUGUUUUCAAGCAAAGGAGCGUCAAGAAACGCUUGAGGAGGAGCAAAGGGCAACUUUGCGACUCGCCCUUUCGGCUCCACAACUGCAGGUUGUGGUUUUUGAAUCACACUCGAUCCUGCCGCAAGAGACGCGCCAACUGUUGAUAGACGAAAUGGAAGCGGCCAACGAGGCGGCCAGGGAAAAAGUGGCCACGGCGCCGUCACUUGUGCGCGCCCACAGUUUCGGUGAGGAGAGUGUCAUCUUCGAUAGGGACCCUGACGAGGGAUCCAUGACAACGGAACUCAUGACUGCCAGAUCAAACUCAACCAUAACGGUACCUGCCACAGAUUUAUUUGAAAUUGCACCUCUGCAGCCCAAGAAGAGGCACGAGAUUGAAAACGAGGAGGACGAAGCGGAUAUGUGUCCUUCACUCCAAGAGGAUGGUUGCUUCUUAGCUCUCUUGAAGCGACAGGAAAUUACUCGUCUGGAUGCGCAAUAUAUGAUCCAAAUAGCAGAGUCGCGCGGCCUCUUUGGCGGGCGCAGCAAAAAGUCUCCGUAUUUGCAACGCAAGGCGCAGAAGAAAAAGAGCGAGACUGUUUUGCGCGACAUCAUGAUGCGCAACAAGAACAAGCAGAAGGAGCUCGAGUGCGGUGAACGUGUGUCGCAGCCGACCAUCGCGUCCAUGCUGCGCAACUCGCGCAGCUGCAGCCCCGACCACUCGGCCGACUGUCCUCGAAGAGCCAAAGCAGCCGAACGUCCGCCCGACCUGCACGCCAGGUUCCUCUUCAAUCGGCGGCAGGACGCGAGACGGUGGUGGCGGGAGGCGGCCCGGCGAGUGCUCUCCCUGCUCAGGACGAGCAACCCCAACGCCAUGCCCAGGUUUAGACUCGUGAGGACGCCCGUCCCUGGACCUGGCGCCACAAACAGGGCGCCGUACCCCCUCAGUGUUCACUCGCUCGAGUUCCACGACGACAGCGGCCAAUUUUCGGAAGAUGACGACAGUGAUCAUAGUGGAUCUGUGUGAAUAAUUUUUAUCUUUCUGUUGCCAAUAAAAAAAAUAAUCAUGAAAUGUUUUAGUUUUUAAUAUUUAAGAAAUAUGUGAAAAAAGAAUAAAAUGGAAAA